AUGAGUCAAUCACCGGUGAAGAGAGAGCCAGGCGUCAAAAAGGAGAAUCAGUCUCCCCAAAUGCUGCCUGCUCCAAGGCCUGCUGCUGGAGGCGACUGGAAUAUGAUUCCUUUGAAGGCUUGCACUCAGAAUGAUUUGCAAGACACAAGGAACCAUAUCAUGAAGUUCCAGACGAAACAGGACGUUGACAUCAUGAAAAACUUCACAAAGCCUGUCAGACUACACAGAAAAGACCCCAGGAAUAUCCAGUUCCAGCUCACGCGAGAAGAGAUUGAUCGUCGAAAGAAAGAAGGCAAGGAACAAGGGGUGGACUUGUUACAAGACCCAGAGGAGAUUGUCUUGGAUGAAAACGGAGAACCAACUGCUACCAAGAUGGACAUGUCUCAGGUGGCCCCAGAUGGCGGUGCCCGUAAACAUCGCCGGAACAUGUUUAAAAGAAAGACAAAGCAGGUUCACAUGAUGGACGAACAGAAAAGAAAGCUCCGCUAUGAAGAAUACUAUCCCUGGGUCAUCGAGGACUACGACGGAAAGAAUGUUUUCGUGGGUAAUUACGAAGGCGGUCUGACCGAUAGUACUCAUGUUCUUUUCGUCUUUGAUAAAGAUGGCUUCAAGAUGGUUCCAGCUGAAAAGGUUUACAGAUUCACGCCUAGAAACAAGUACGCAACCUUGACCUUAGAAGAGGCCGAAGCCAAAAUGGAGAAGAACCAAUCUGCUCCUCGUUGGCUCAUGAAGCACAUGGAUGAGGGUGAAAGCUCCGAUCGUAGAUUCAAGCGCAAUGGUGCCAGCAAUCAGUUUGGGUCGCCAGUAAACCCAUCUGCUAGAAGUGCCUCUGCGAAUUCGCGUAUGCGUACGGUCCAGGGUGGCUCAUCCCUUAAUGAUCGUGAUUCAGAUCAUGAUGAGUUGGAUUUCGACGAGGAAUUCGCAGACGACGAAGAGGCUCCUAUCAUGGACGGUGCCGAGGAAGACAACAAGUUGUCCGAGAAGAAAAUGAAGAAGGAUAUGUUGAAGGCAGCUCAUUUGGGAGGCCAGCUGGAUGUGGACGAUAGCGACGAUGAGAUAAAUGACCUCUUUGAGGUUGAAAAGUCAAGAAAGGUUGACAAGGAAGGUAAGAAGCUAAAGAAGGUGCUACAUAAGACUGAGGGUGGUGUUUAUGACAGUGACGACAAUGAGAUUCAAAACCCAUAUGUGUCUCAAUCGGAUUUGGAGAGCGAGGAAGAAUCAGAGCCGGAAGUCACAGUCAAACAAGAACCUAACGACGGGUUGUCCGAUCAAGCCAUUAACAGGCCUCGUACAAUGUAUGUUACGAGCAUCAACGAUGGCUUUGUCGUGAUUCGUGCCUCCAAGCAAUUCUUGCAAGGAUUCCAACCCGGUGAAUGGAACCCUCACAUUCGCAAACGUGCUCGUUCUGUUGAGUCCCAUAGUGCCUCGAAGAAACAGCGCAGGGAAGACUCCCCCACUGCCAAGAGUGCUAGUGCCCUGCCAGUACCAGAGGCUCCUGGAGGAACCAACUUGGAGGACCCAGGUACUAACGGCGAGUUGGUAACCACCAGAGAGGUGUUAGACAUUGUGAGGAAACAACCUUUGGCAACCAAGGAGCUCUUGUUGAAAUUGAAACACAGAAUAAGCAUGCAUAAAGACAACAAACUUCGGAUCAUCAGCAUUGUCAAAACUAAUCUCAAAUUGGUGGAUGGACAGCUUCGCCUUAAAGAAGAAUAA